AUGGGAGACAAAGGAGAAUUGGCUUCAUCAACAAUCAAAUGGCCGAAGAUCAAACUCAAACCCAAUCUCAGUGUCUCUUAUCUCAAGAAUCUCGAUCUCUUCACCGUUGAAAACUGUCUCAGUCCUGAUGAAUCAAAAGGGUUUGUUAAAAUCGCAGAGUCUCUCGGUUUCACUCACCAAGGAAGUCGUGGACCAGCUUAUGGUGAAGCUUACAGAGACAACCAUCGAAUCUCAGUGAACGAUCCUGUUCUUGCUGAUACAUUGUGGCAAUCCGGGCUUUCCAAUCUAUUCACUGAUAUCAAGAUUAGGAGGAAAGUCGCAAUUGGGUUGAAUCCAAACAUUCGUUUUUACAGGUAUAGUGCUGGUCAACAUUUUGGUCGUCACAUCGAUGAAAGUGUUGAUCUGGAUGAUGGAAACCGGACUUAUUACACAUUGUUGAUAUAUCUAAGUGGGAGCAGCAGCAGCACCAAAUCAAAAUCCAAGAGCGAUUCAAGCAAGAAGACUAAUGAUUCUUCUUCAGCUGAGACCUUAGUUGGUGGAGAGACUGUGUUUUAUGGUUCGAGGAACAGUAUCGUAGCCGAGGUAGCUCCAAUGGAAGGUAUGGCUCUGUUUCACAUCCAUGGAGACAAGUGCAUGUUGCACGAAGGUAGAAAUGUUACCAAAGGCGUCAAGUAUGUGUUCCGUUCUGAUGUUGUUUUUGCAUGA